AUGUCUGACGGACCGGGUCCCAACACCACUGACCUUCUUCAGGCCAAUCAAUUGACGAUACGUUCCGUUAACGGCUUAGUAACUGGCUUCACUGGCCCGCCCGGACUGUCUGCUGGAGGACUAACUAUGACUCCUGGUCUGGGCUCGGCCAUUUGGCCGGAUCCUCGUACGGGUAUCAUAUCUGGACAAAACGGUUCCGGCUCCGGAUCCACAACCUUGGUGGGCAAUUGUGCUGGUUCUGCCACUCUGGGCAUCGGUAGUUCCGGGCUUGGGUCCAUGUCUGGCGCAGGAAUAACAUACCCAGUUGGAACAGGCUUGCAGUCUAGUCUUUUGGGGAUCGCUAGUCCAAUCUGUGGUGGUAGGAUUCAUAGCAGAAUGCCGGCUCUUGCUAGAGCAGCGCUUCGCGAAAAGAUUUAUGCUGGUAUUCUUAAUUACUUCAGGUUGGUUUCAGUAUCGUUAUGUUAUCUUCUAUCUUUCAUAAACCUUUCUCUGAAUCAUUCCAAUUCCACCUUUCAAUAA